UUCUCUUCCUGCUCUCAUGGGCUGUGUGUGCAGGGAUUCAUCAGCCCCUCUGUGCCUUUCUGCUUACGUUCUGUACAGUGGGACUGUGGUAGGCACUCAGUGUGUAAACUGCUUCAUAACUCAGCCGCAAGGAAGGAGCCAGGGCUCCUCGCUGUUGCUGAAAGGGAGGUCCCCGAGGGCAGAGGGCUGCAGACCCGGGACGUCCCCAGCGGAGGCAGAGGACGCUGAGAGCCAGGCAUCCCAGGCGAGCCCCGCGUCGAGUCUCGCCCCUGUCCUCCGGAAGGCAGGGCUGCCCCUUCCCUCCCCCACUCCGCCUCAGCCCCCAAGCCCCGCGGGAUCCCGAGAACCGGGCCUUCCGGGGCGAACGGAGUGGGGGAGGGAGACUGUGAGGCCCAAGAAGCUGGGCCCCGAGACUCCAAAGUGGGGCGCAAGUGUGGUGGGGAAGGGGCUCCCUGGUUUGACGCUGGCAGGAGAGGCCGUGUCCUCGGGUCACCCUGGUGCCCUCCGACCUUUUGCCCCAGCAUCUGGCCUCCAAGGAGACCGACUUCCAUCUGUCCUUCCCCGCUUGUGCUUCGUCGGCCCGCUCCCCCUCCCGCUCCCGGAACCCCCACUCUCCCCAGCUCCCCGCGGGAGGCAGAGCAGGCGAGUCCGGAGCGAAGCCGCCGCGCACCGGCUCGGGACCGGGUAAACACCCGGAGGGAGGUCGGGGGGGGGGCGGAGGAAGGAGGCGCCCGGAGGCCGCCGGGCCGAGGCGGGGCUCGCGGGGGCC